UUCAUGCAAACCAAUUUCAUGCUUUGAUUAAAGAGUCUUCAGCUAUUUCCUAUCAUGAUUUUCAUCGUAGCAUUCUUAAGCUCACUUCUUCUGUCGGUGUCUUCGACAGCCAACGCACUGAGCUUGAAUUAUUAUGACAAAACAUGCCCUGAUGCUGAGGAUAUAGUUGCAAAAGUAGUUAAGAACGCAGCCAUCAAAGAUAAGACAGUUCCUGCUGCGGUUCUUCGGAUGCAUUUUCACGACUGCUUCAUCAGGGGCUGUGAUGCUUCUGUGUUGUUGAACUCGAAAGGAACUAACAAAGCAGAGAAGGAUGGGCCUCCAAAUAUUUCUCUGCACGCGUUUUUUGUCAUUGAUGAUGCAAAGAAAGAAGUAGAAGCCGCGUGCCCCGGUGUUGUCUCAUGUGCUGAUAUCUUGGCUUUUGCUGCUAGAGAUGCUGUUGUAUUAUCUGGAGGACCAACGUGGGAUGUGCCUAAAGGGAGAAAAGAUGGGAGAACUUCAAAGGCUAGUGAAACCGCACAAUUACCAGCUCCAGCCUUCAACAUUUCUCAGCUGCAACAAAGCUUCUCUCAGAGAGGUCUUUCCAUGGAUGAUCUCGUAGCUCUCUCAGGAGGCCAUACUAUUGGAUUUUCCCACUGUUCCUCCUUCCAAAAGAGAAUUCGCAACUUCAAUGCCACACACGAUAUAGACCCCACGAUGCAGCCUUCAUUUGCAGCAACCUUGAGGAGUGUUUGUCCAGCGAACAACGCGGCAAAGAAUGCUGGUGCCACAAUGGAUCCUUCAUCUACAACCUUUGACAACACGUACUACAAAUUGAUCCUUCAGGGGAAAGCCCUGUUUUCUUCAGACGAGGCUUUGCUGACAACCCCCAACACCAAAGAUUUGGUCAGUGAGUUUGCUGGCUCCCAAGUAGCUUUCUCAGAGGCCUUUGUUAAGUCUAUGAUUAAAAUGAGUAGCUUGACUGGCGGACAAGAGGUCAGGAAAGAUUGCAGGGUGGUAAAUUAAGGAUCUCUUAGCCUAGCUCUCAAAAUCUUAAACCAUGUAGAGCUGGAUAAUACAUUAAUGGCCAGCUUCCCUCUGUGUCCUCCUUAGAUAUGACCAGAUAAUUAAGCACCUCUAUCUGGGACUCUAUAGCUGAUAUUAAAUUAAAGUUCAAGCACAUCUCUAGCAUAUCAAGGAUAUGUGGUUUGUUAGCUUGCAAAUAAUUUCUUUGAUCAUUAUACUUGACUAUGUUCAGCAAUAGAAGGAAAAGUCAACC